UUUGGUGGAGUGGUGAUGUCUGAAGUCGCCCCUGUUGCCGGGCCCGAUGUGGCCCCCGCUGUCGCUCCAGCCCCGGCUAAGGCUACGGCUGCCAAGAAGCCGAAGAAAGCGGCGGGCAGCUCCAAAGCCCGGAAGCCCGCGGGCCCUAGCGUCACCGAGCUGAUUACCAAGGCGGUGUCCGCCUCCAAGGAACGCAAGGGGCUCUCCCUCGCCGCGCUUAAGAAGGCGCUAGCCGCCGGUGGCUACGAUGUGGAGAAGAGUAACAGCCGCAUCAAGCUGGGGCUCAAGAGCCUCGUCAACAAAGGUACCCUGGUGCAGACCAAGGGCACCGGUGCCUCCGGCUCUUUCCGCCUUAGCAGAAAGCCGGGAGAGGUGAAAGAAAAAGCCCCCAGGAAGCGAGCGACCGCAGCCAAACCCAGAAAGUCAGCGGCUAAGAAGCCUGCCAGCGCUGCCAAGAAGCCCAAGAAAGCAGUGACAGCGAAGAAGAGCCCCAAAAAAGUGAAGAAACCGGCCGCUGCCGCAGUCAAGAAGACAGCCAAGAGCCCGAAAAAGGUGACUAAGGCUGCCAAGCCCAAGAAGGCGGCGGCAGCAGCGAAGAGUCCAGCCAAGGCGAAGACGGUGAAGUCCAAAGCUAAGCCCAAGGCAGCCAAGCCAAAAGCGGCUAAGGCGAAGAGGGCGGCGCCCAAGAAGAAUGUGUUGGAAGUGGAAAUACUGAAACCCAACGGCUCUUUUAAGAGCCACCCACUAUUAUCCCCAAGAGGGCUGAUGCACUUCUUUAUCGAGGUCCGUGCCUUCAGCAGAGGUAACCACACGCCACUAUCCGUGUGGGACGUUCGUCUGUGGAUUGGAUGGGACGCUAAACUUCCGGCCGUGGUUACGCUAAGACUUGAAAAAAUAAAAUUUGUAUUUCCUGCGAUAACGUUUUCUAAAGGCUGACUUUUUUGAGCAGCGCAAGAGGGUUAAAGGGACUGCUUAGGGCGGGCGUCGCUCCGGGGCGUGGAGUUUUGUUUCGGCGAUUUUAAUCUGCGCUAUUAGUAACAGCCUGGGCGGGACGGCCACACCUCUUAGCGGUCGUACCUGGGAACUGUCAGCGCAGCUCCUCCGCUUCCUUGGCAAUGACCUAUCCGCUCGGCAG